UCGACCGACCGCCAUUAUUGCUAGUUGUGUGUCGGCCGUCUAUCGCCCGUCGAAAUAUUUCUAUCUGCAAGUUUUUCUCCACAUAAGAUUUUAUUAUGUUUAAGAAACAUUCACGAAAGCAGAAAUCAAUACACUGCUAAACUCAAAAGUUAGGCAAACGAAAUCGAGGCAAGCAUAUUGCAGCACCAAAACGACGUUACGUUAACGAAACAGCCAACCAGCACCAAACAGCAGACAUAAAGAUUUGCAUACACUCACGCACGUAAACGAUAAAAACGAAAAACAAGAAAAAAACAAAAACGUCAACUAUUUGUAGGAUAUACGUAGAGGACCAAUUCAAAGUUGAUCAAACAUAUUAAAGGCGUCGUUGAGCUGAUGUUAGCUUUAAAAAAUAAAGGCUGAAGAUAGCGAGCUGUGCUAUUGCCUCUACCAGUGGAAUAGUGUAUUUGUGUACGUGCGUGCGCGUACAUGUGUUUGUGUAUGUGUGCGUGUGUUGUCUCUGAUUGUUUUCUAUUGUGUGCGCAGUGCGUGCGUUCGUUUGGCUGAGGGGGCGGGCGGGACAAGUGCAAGUGCCAGCAGCAGCAGCAGCUAAAGGAGUGAAAUCUGUGCAGCCAAAUCGGCCAAACAGAACUGUUUGAACGGGCUCGAGUUUCUUUAAAGAAGCGCGCGUCCAUGUUUGAGCUUUUAAUGCUAGCUGAGAACAGACGACGGCAACUCGUUUAACAACUGCGCAACAAGGAGCAGCAGCACUGGCCAUGCUCCCCAUCAGUGAGGAGCAGCACGUGGACAACAGCAGCAGCAAUCAGCAACCUGCGAAUGUCUCAGAUGAAGCCGCUGCUGCCGCUGCCGCUGCGGCCGCGAAUGGCCUGGCCGAUGAUAAGGCAGCUCUGGCCGCUGAUGGCGGCCUGUGGACGGCACUAUAUGACUACGAUGCACAGGGCGAGGAUGAGCUGACACUGCGACGGGGACAGAUCGUUGUUGUGCUGUCCACGGACAGCGAGGUCUCCGGCGACGUAGGCUGGUGGACGGGCAAGAUCGGUGAUAAGGUUGGGGUUUUUCCACGCAACUUUGUGACUGACGCGGAUCCAUUAGAAUUGCCGCACGAAAUCGACGAGUCGGAGUUGGACAUCAAAGAGGUGAUUGGCUCCGGCGGCUUUUGUAAAGUUCAUCGCGGCUAUUACGACAACGAGGAGGUUGCCAUAAAAAUAGCCCAUCAAACUGGCGAUGAUGAUAUGCAGCGGAUGCGUGACAAUGUCCUGCAGGAGGCCAAGCUCUUCUGGCCGCUAAAGCAUCGCAACAUCGCGGCGCUGCGUGGGGUUUGCUUGAAGACGAAGCUAUGCCUGGUCAUGGAAUAUGCGCGGGGCGGCAGCCUCAAUCGCAUACUCGCUGGCAAAAUACCGCCCGAUGUUCUCGUCGAUUGGGCGAUACAAAUCGCCUGCGGCAUGAACUAUUUGCACAGCGAGGCGCCCAUGUCGAUAAUACAUCGCGACCUUAAGUCCUCCAAUGUGCUCAUCUAUGAGGCCAUCGAGGGCAGUGAUCUGCAUAAUAAAACGCUCAAAAUAACCGACUUUGGCCUCGCACGCGAAAUGUAUAACACGCAGUGCAUGAGCGCCGCUGGCACCUACGCCUGGAUGCCGCCCGAGGUCAUCAGCCGGAGCAUGUACUCCAAAUCGUCGGAUGUGUGGAGUUAUGGUGUGCUCCUCUGGGAGCUGAUCACGGGCGAAACGCCCUACAAAGGUUUCGAUCCGCUUUCCGUUGCCUAUGGCGUCGCCGUCAAUACGCUAACGUUGCCGAUACCAAAAACUUGCCCCGAAACGUGGGGCGCUCUUAUGAAGAGCUGCUGGGAAAGCGAUCCGCACAGACGGCCAGAUUUCAAGAAGAUCAUCGAGCAGCUGGAGAGUAGCGCGUGCUCGAAAUUUACGUUAACGCCACAGGAAUCCUUUCACCACCUGCAGGAGCUGUGGAAGAAGGAGAUCGCCGAAGUGCUGCACGAUCUGCGCGAAAAAGAAAAGCGUUUCCAAACUAUCGAAGAGGAACUGCGCAACAAGGAGGAGCAGCUAAAGCUGAUGCAAAAGAAGCAACUGGAGAAGGCCAAUAAGCUGCAAGAGCUGGAGAAGCAGCUUCGCCUACGCGAAAUGAAUAUACUAGGACGCGAGCUAAUGAUGCAACCAGUGACUGUCCCCGUACCGGUGCCAUCGAAACGGAAGCCCAAAAAGAGUAAAAAGAAACCGCUGCAGAUAUCACUGCCCACGGAAUUCCGGCACACAAUUACGGCCGUUUGCGACAAGGUGGAGCCACCCGGAUCGCCCUCCCUCUCCAGACUGCGCAUUGUUACACUGACCGAUGGGCACAAGAACAAGACCUGGGGUCCAUCGACAAUGCACCAGCGCGAACGUUCGCUGCUGCCGACGCAGCAGAGCGGCCAGCCGGAAUGGCCGGCACAGAGCUCGACGCACUCAUCGUUCAGCAAGAGUGCGCCCAAUCUGGACAAGAAGCUGCUGAACGCUGCGGCGGCGGCGGCGGCAGCAGCUGCUGCUGCGACGGCUGGCACUGGGGGCGCCACACCGACGCCUGCAACGGCAGCUAUGGCGACCCAGUUGCUGGGCAGCUCCAAUGUGGGCAGCAUUGCCGGCAGCUCGACGCCCACGUCGCCCAUGUACUUGGGCGGCAGUGUGGCGGCGAUUGGUGCGGUUGGCGCUGGUGUGGCUACAGGUAUGCCAUAUUUAAUACUGCAUACCAAUACCAAUACCAACAACAACAACAGCAACAACAACAACAGUAAUCAUAUAUAUAACAACAACCACAAAACUAAUACAAACAGCAUCAUGUCAUCCAAUGCCUCGCCUCGAUUAAACGGCAAUCACAACAACAACAACAACAACAGCAGCAGCAGCAACCACAACAACAACAACAGUAAUAAGAAUAUGGCGAAUCGCUCGCCUGCCACCAACAUUUUUGGUCGCGCCCGCAGCCAGGAUUAUGGCCUGGAUCUGCCGCACAUUGGCUACAACAAUGUGAUCCACCUGCUGCCCGACGAUAGCUCCGAAACGGACACCCUGACGCCCACAACGGGCUGCUUCCACUUCCUCAAGUCGAGCGCCUCCACUGUGGCAAUGGCGCCCGUUGUGUGCGGCUCGCCGUAUGGCGGCAGCCUCGGCAACAGUCCGGCUGUGGGCCGCAAGAAGCUAUCGCUAGACAACCAGUUCGUGCAGCCCGGCGGCAUUCAACUGCCGCAGGCUAUGUCGGCUAUGUCGCCGCUGGUGGCGCCGCCGACGCUGGAGCGGGGCGACAAUAAUACGUACGAUCGCGCCUUCUAUCGGGGCUUGGAGAAGAAGAUAUUGGCCAGCAGCGAUCGCGUGAACUCCAAGUCGAGCGGCGACCUCACCAUGUACAACUCCGCCACGCGGCUCACCGAGGCGCGAACCGAAAUAGCAGAGGAUGCGCUGGAGAGUCGCUUUCAGCGGAAUGCGUCCGGCUCCCAGUUUCCGCGGCACUGCUUCUUUCGGCAGCAGCCGAACAGCAAUGAGUGCGACAACGACAUCGAUGACGAUGACGACGACAACGAUGAGGAGGUGCAGCACCAGCAACACGACUGGGACCAGGACCAGUAUGAUCGGGAUGCGGAAGAUGAGCAGCGCAAUAUACACUCACAUUGCUCCUCGGAGCACUCGUCCUCAACCGUCGACACCUCAGCCAGCCAGACGCGUACCAACUGCCCCACGUCGCGCAAGAGCUCGGUGACGUUUCAGAUGAACUCCCCCUCAAUGGAGACGGCGCCCGCAGCCACAGGGACUGCCAUAGCAGUGAGCGAUGCUCAGACGUCCAUCGCAUCGAUCAGUUUCGGCACCAGCUAUAGCUCCUGCGAUAACGAUAACGAUAACGAUGAGGCCGACGACUGGAACGAUCUGCUGCACCGCGCCGACAACGACACCAGCGAUAUGGCACUGAACGGGGCCCGAGUCCACGAGAGCUGCAUACUGCAGGCGCGCCGCAUGACGGACAUUCAGCUCCACCCGGACGUGGUCAAGAUGAAGGAGUGCCUGCUGGCCGAGCAACAGCGGCAGGACACCAAGCAUACAAAGAAACAGAAACAGAAGCUGCGCUGCAUCACCAAAUCAAAGUCGGUCGAAGCGCCUGACAGCGCCGCCGCUAAUAGCCAGCAGCAGCAGGCGCAACAAGAACAACAACAACAGCAACAGCACUCGUCAAGCGGCAAAAUCAAGUCAUUAAUCAACCUGCUCACGCGCGGCUCCAAGAAAAAGUACACCAAACUGUCCGAUCAGCAACUGGCCCCAGCUGGCAGCCGAAGCGGGAGCAUUGCCGAGUUCCGAGCCAUCGAUCCAUUUGAGACGGAACUGCCCCUGGCGUCUGGCAAGUCCACGACGGGCCGUUCGGCGAAACGCAAAAGCAAAAAGCCUCAAACGCAAUCCUGCGAGCAGCUGGAACGUGUCUGACUGUCUCCGCCUGCCUCCCACUGUGUGUGUGCGUGUGUAUGCGUGUGUGUGCAUAGGCCGUAUCCAACUGUGCUAUUUGUUGUGUUAGUUGUUGUGGUCCAAGCCGUGCAUCGUCGCAGUCCUGCAUCGAGCAAUCAAAUACCUGCCUAUAUAUACAUGUAUCCAGUUACAUAUAGAUGUAUAUGUAUGCAAUCAACUAUGAGCCCUUGUUUUAUAUUAAAACCAUAGACUAAGUCUAAGUAACCUACACACACACACACCUAUACACACACCCACACACUAGCUCCUUACUGCUUGUAUACAUCUAACCAUAACAAUAACAAGGAAAUUACCGUUUGUUCAUUUGUUUUUUUUUUUUUUUUACCAACGCUCCACUUAUGUGUAAGCAGAGCUCGCUAAAGUCUAGACAAAAAAAAAAAAAAAAAAAAACAAAUAAUGUUUCAACUGCGAAUGAAUGCACGAUGAGUGUAUUGUGUGGCUCAAGAGAAUUCGACUCGAAUAAUAAACAACAAAAAAACAGAGUAGUGUUGAAAAACGAAAAGAUAAUGACUCCACUUCAGUAGAGGGCGUGGGAGACGAAUAAGAAAGAGUAGGUUAAUAGAAUGAGGGCGAAAUAAAUUACAUAUAGAUAAUCAGAAAUGUGGCAAAAAAAUAGCACGAAAAGAAUUGAGGAAAUGUUAGAAUAAGAGAGGAGUGAGGGAAAGUUUGCAAUUUGAAAUUGAAAGAUUCAUCUUAAAGAAAAAUCUAUGGCAAUCCAUUGAUAUACAUAUAUGUGUACCAUAUAGUGAGAGAUUUAGUGAAAGCCCUAACAAAUAUGUCAGAGCUACUAUAGCUGAAUAUACUCUAGAGGGAAAUACCUAGAAACAAGCGAAACGGCAUUUUCAAUGGGCCGCAGCCCGAACAGAACGUGUAACUGUGGAAUUGAAUUUCAUUAGAUAAACUAAAAGUAUAUAUAAAGCUGAAACUCAGGUAUAAAGCGCGAAGAUUAUCACAAAGUUAUCAGAGCAAAAUUUUGCUAUUUGUAUAGGUAAAGCGACCAGUGAAAGAAACUUAAGCAAAUGAAAGCGGACUAGAUAAAAACAAGUCAUACGAUAUGGACAUAUAUAUGGUUUCAUAGGAGAUACAUAUAGACAUAUAUAUAUAUAUAUAUAUCUUUUAUCUGUUCUUUGCUGACACAAUGUGGAGCGUGGAUAAAUCGCAGAAUUGUUCGCCACAACAAAAAAUAUUUAUAAGAAGCGAUCGACAUAUCUAAUAUUUCAUAUACAUACAUAUAAACAAUAUACAUGCAUAUAUAUACAUAUAUAUAUGAGAAACGCAUAUUUACAAGAACAACAAAAGAGGAAAAAAAACUAGUUGAGCCUAGCUUAGUCGUACUUCAUAUUUUGUUCGUUUGUUUAAUUCCUUCUGAUUGCAGUAGCCAGAUUGAAGAUUCUCUCUGCUUCUUCUGCCUCUGCUCUCUGAUCAAUACUGAAAUUGUUGUAAUCUUUCGAUAUUCUUCCUUUGGUAUUCUUGUGCAGUUUUAUUUACAUAGAUUUUAAUUGAAUUACAAUUGGCUUUUAUUUAUUUGUAGUAUUUGAUUUACAAAAAUAUAAAUAUAUACAAAAAAGAAAACCGAAAAAAAAACUGUGAUGAAAAAUGAUUAGAAACCAAACAUCGAGAAAAAAAAAAUAAGAAAAAAAAAAAAUAAUAAGAAAGAAAAAAGAAAUUAGUUUUAUGUAUUAUUGUAUGCAAGCUUUUAUUUUUCAAAAAUACCCUGUAAGCAUUGACAAUGGCAACAUUGCAGAAACUGUAUUCCUGCCCAUGUAAAGCGCUUCCGUCAGCAUAUAUAUAAUAUAAUAUAUAAUCCAUCUAUAUGUAUGUCUGUCUGCUAAGAAUGUCUCGAUCUCAGAUUUUGCACUUUUGAUAACUCCCGACUUGCACCUUCAGUUGCUUGCACUAUGUGUACAGGGUACCGGCUAGUCGAGCAACGGCGACUAGAGCACUCUUGUUGUUCUAUUCCUUUUAGUUUAUUUGUUUGUUUUCCUUACGUUUUGCCUUGAAUGUAAUCUGUAUAUCUACAUAUGUAUUUUUUAAUUUGAAAAGUCCAAACAACAAAGAGAAAGCGAGAUAAAAAAGAAAUGAAGAACAACUGCAACUACAACAACAACAACAACAAGAACAAGCAUACACAUUAACGAAAACGGACAAUAAAUCAUUAAAAAUAA